CGGGGCUGCUCGCUGGAUGCUCCGUGAUGGAUGAGGAGUGACAGAUCGGGGUUAGCCGCCAGGGGAGCUCCAUUUUCUUCAAGAACAGCCGAGGAGGUGAGACGCCUGGACGCUGAGGAGGGGAAAGGGACGAGGAGCAGACACAUUUCCAACCCCUCCCUCCCUUCCCUCCCCUCUCUCUCUCUUUCUCUCUGACACUCUCUCUCUCCUCCCGUGCAUCACAACCUAGUGGGCUUUACCCGGACUGCACCGCAUUGCUGCUGCUGCCUCUGCUGCUGCUGCUGCUGCUGCCAGCCGACCCAGCCCACUAAACUAACGCGCUGACAGAGAAGGAGAGAGAAUCUAUCUUUUCUUUUUGGAUGCAUCUGCACAGCAGCUGGACACUGGGCGCCGUGUGCGUGGACAUGCAGCCUCUCUCCUCUUCCUCGCUUCUUCCCCUCUGGAUCCGCUGUCCUGCUCGGUAAUGUCCAGACUUUGGGAGCUGGAGUGACUCGUUAUUGGGUUUAUUUUGGGGGGGGGAGGUGGAGAGAGGGGGGAGUUUGCUGCAUAGCGCACGGGAAGAAGCUGGGAUAACCACAAGUUCCAAGUUUUGCAGAGCUCGCACCAUGGAUGUGGCUGCGUACUUGAAACCGCGGGCUCCCCCCCAACAUGGGUGUUGACUGAACGGAGGAGUAAGCCCCGCGCUGCCACGGAGGGGGACCAGGAUGCACUUGUGAGGAUUAAAAAAAAGAAGAAGGAAAAAAAAGAACCUGCGCUCGAUAAAUUCCUGGAUCAUGCAGAUUCUGCCGCCGAGGACGUUGUUUGUGUUACUGGCCCACGCUCAUGUGCUGUUAUCUCUGAGGAGUAAUGGAGAAGUGCGGACUAAAGAGGACCCCGCCAGGACUUUCCAUGGCUCCUCGCUCCAUCCAAAUAAAGCCCGGGACCGUGCGCUCUCGCCGGGGUACGCCACAGGUGCGUCCUCGGCGGAGCGCGCGACCUUCCGGGGGACCCUCAACUCCACUCACCCCUGGAAGAGGGUCGCCGCGGAGGAGACGUGGCGGGUCGGACACGGCAAGCGCGACUUCGGCAGGACUGUGACGCCCGUGGAGGAUCCCAGCGCUGCCUCGCACUGGGGCCCGACGCGCCACCACAACAAGAGGAUAAAGUUGAAUGGCACGGGGACGCCAGCAGGUGGACACUACAAUGCGGCUAAGCCCUCUUCAAUGGGCCGGGGAGACGGAGGAGGGGUGCCCGAGGAGGGCGACAGGCACAAGAGAGGCACAAAAGACGAGCAGAAGAAAGCGUGGAAGAGGGGGAGAAGCCGGCUGAACAAAAGCCCGGCGGCGCCGGCACAGCCUCACGCGUCGCCGCCAUGGGAACCCAUCCCCAAGCCGGCGGCCCUCACCUCCACCGACAUGCCCUUUGACCUCUUCACCAGGAGGCCCGAGUUCUUCACCUUCCGGGAGGACAACCCCUGGGACGCCACUCCGAUCACGCCGCCCAGCUCGCAGGAUUUCGGGGACGAGAUCAAGAACCCGUUCUACCCGGUGACGAGCGAGACCUACGGCGCGUACGCGAUCACGUGCGUCUCCGGGGUCAUCUUCCUGGUGGGCAUCGCGGGCAACAUCGCCAUCCUGUGCAUCGUGUGCCAGAACUACUACAUGAAGAGCAUCUCCAACUCGCUGCUGGCCAACCUGGCCGUGUGGGAUUUCGUGCUCAUCUUCUUCUGCCUGCCCAUGGUGGUGUUCCACGAGCUGACCAAGUCGUGGCUGCUGGGGGAGUUCACCUGCAAAGUGGUGCCCUACGUGGAGGUGGCCUCCCUCGGCGUGACCACCUUCACCCUGUGCGCUCUGUGCAUCGACCGUUUCCGUGCGGCCACCAACGUCCAGAUGUACUACGAGAUGAUUGAGAACUGCACCUCCACCACCGCUAAGCUGGCUGUCAUCUGGAUCGGUGCUCUCCUGCUGGCCCUGCCGGAGCUCCUCAUCAGACAGCUGGUGACGGAAGACACGGGAAUCCCAGACGAGCCCCCUGUCGAGCGCUGCAUCAUCAGGAUAUCCACCUCGCUCCCCGACAUGCUCUACGUGCUGGGCUUGACCUACGAGGGCGCCCGGCUGUGGUGGUGCUUCGGCUGCUACUUCUGCCUCCCAACCCUCUUCACCAUUGGGUGCUCGUUGGUAACGGCGCGGAAGAUCCGGCGCGCGGAGCAGGCCAGCGUGCGCAGCAACAAGAAGCAGAUCCGGCUGGAGAGCCAGAUGAACUGCACCGUUGUGGCGCUGGCAAUCGUCUACGGCGCCUGCGUGGUGCCCGAGAACAUCUGCAACAUCGUUUCGGCGUACAUGGCGGCGGGCGUUCCCGAGCACACCAUGUCCGUCCUCCAUCUUCUCUCCCAGCUGCUGCUCUUCUGCCGGGCCGCCGUGACGCCGGCGCUGCUGCUCCUCCUGUGUCGCCCCCUGGGGAGGGCCUUCCUGGACUGCUGCUGCUGCUGCUGCUGCUGUAACCACGCGCCCUCUUCGGCCACGGCCAGUGACGAUAACGAACACGAGUGCACCACCGAGCUGGAGCUGUCGCCGUUCAGCACCAUCCGCAGGGAGCUAAGUAACUACACACCUGCAGGGUCCAACUGCUAAACAGACCCAUCAGGGAGGGGGAUUUCAGUAGCCCGCUCAGCCUUUGGCUUGUUUUCUCAGACUCGGCUAGGAGAGAUUUGCCUUACCUGGUCUAGUUACAUUUUCAAUGGGGGCAUGGAUAAAAUUGGACAAUGAAUAAUCACAUUCAGCCAAUGCCCCACAUCCCCCGACCUUCACUUCUUACAACAGUAACGUACAUUUACAGUAACGGUGUAACACUUCUUUUCCAGGAGAUCUAACAAAAAAGCCACAUCGUCUCGUCACUCAUGCCCUGGGGUGCUCUAAAAACAGGGUCAGUACAUAUUUUUAGCAAUCCUGCCUGAAACCUUUAAAACUAACAAACCUCCCUGCUGUAGACCUUGUAUGCCUAAAUAUCUUUGGACAGUUGGUCUCUUAACCUGUCUGAUGUCUGGUUCCUCACAGGAGGUCUGAAUCAGGUUAACUUGUUCCGAAGCAGCGAAAAAAAGAAAAAAAAAAAAAGAAAAAAACUGCUGCGUCCCCCGCGGGCCUUGUGCGGAUCAUGACAGGGACGGGGGAAUAGUACACUGUACAAUGUAGAUAGGGAAAUGAUUGUACAGAAUAUGUCACAAUAGGUUCGGUUUGUGAUGAUAAAUGUAUUUGGCCACUGUAAAAUGAUAUUUAUGUAUGGGACACUCCGUGCUGUAUAAUCAGUGCUGAUCACCUUCUAAACGUGUCACCGGCGAAAUGACGGGGAGUAAUUAAUCACAGAGUGCAACCUUGUAUAAUAACUCCAGCUAAACAUACGGGCUGACACUGCCUAUAGAAAAACAGGACGACAACAGCUGUACAUGUACAGUUCAUUUAAUGCUGCACACACGGGAACAAGGCUCGUCGUAAUUAAAACAACGCAGGGGCGUCUCCGCAUGAGGGGAAUGGAAAAAAAAAGAAGAAACAGAGAGGGAGAGCGCAUUGAAGAAUCCAAAUGUACACAUUUACACUGUAUAUUGAAAAAUAUCCUGUUGACUCAAACGUAGCUGGGCUGGUCUCAGAGACACACAAACACAGAGGACGUGAGUGGAAUUUAAAAAAAGGGUUUCGGAACGGACUAAUUGAAAUCUAAUUGCCGUUGAAUGGAGUGGAAUGCAAUCGAGUUAAACGCCACAGAUUCAAUUGAACAGAGUGAAUAUGAAAAGAGGGGGAAAGCAAUGGAACACAACACCGCGGAGUACAACGGAAAGGGGUGGACUCGGCGUGGACUGGACUGAAAACGAAUAUCUGCACUACACUGUUGUAUCAUGUUACGCCUUACACUUCGGGCUGUAUAUAUAUAUACUGUACACUUUCUUCGGUGCUCUUAUGAUGAAUGCGCUGUAAACAACAAAUCCAUCGGUUUGACUUGGAAGCGCAAGUAAUUGAGCUGCGCACUUUGGUUUUGGUCAAGAAGACAGAUCACAGUUAUCUGCGACUCUGGAAGACUUGAAAAAUAAUACGUUUGGAGAAUAAAGAAAAUCAAUGCGGGGAUUCUCCGAGCUGCCGCUGACAGAGUUUACACAGGUCACCUGAAGCUCUGAGCGUAAAUACUGCCUUUUGUUGAGAGUGACUGCUCGACUGCAAGCUCAAGUGUGGUAGCACUUAAUUCUACAGUAAAGUAAUCACUCAGUGUUUUCUAGGUCACUGGUAAAUACUAAUAAAUGACAAAGCUAUAGACUUGUAAUUAACAUUGUAGA